AUGAUAGAGCUCAGGAGCCUGUUCCACAUCAUCAGCCUGUUCUACACUAUCAGCCUAUUCUACAUCAUCAGCCUGUUCCACACCAUCAGCCUGUUCUACAUCAUCAGCCUGUUCCACACCAUCAGCCUGUUCUACACUAUCAGCCUGUUCUACACCAUCAGCCUGUUCUACACUAUCAGCCUGUUCUACACCAUCAGCCUGUUCUACACUAUCAGCCUGUUCUACACUAUCAGCCUGUUCUACAUCAUCAGCCUGUUCUACGCCAUCAGCCUGUUCCACAUCAUCAGCCUGUUCUACACCAUCAGCUUGUUCCACAUUAUCAGCCUGUUCUACACCAUCAGCCUGUUCUACACUAUCAGCCUGUUCUACAUCAUCAGCCUGUUCUACGCCAUCAGCCUGUUCCACAUCAUCAGCCUGUUCUACACUAUCAGCCUGUUCUACAUCAUCAGCCUGUUCUACGCCAUCAGCCUGUUCCACAUCAUCAGCCUGUUCUACACCAUCAGCUUGUUCCACAUUAUCAGCCUGUUCUACACCAUCAGCCUGUUCUACACUAUCAGCCUGUUCUACACCAUCAGCAUCUUCCACAUUAUCAGCCUGUUCUACACCAUCAGCCUGUUCUACACUAUCAGCCUGUUCUACACCAUCAGCAUCUUCUACACUAUCAGCCUGUUCUACACUAUCAGCCUGUUCUACACUAUCAGCCUGUUCUACACUAUCAGCAUGUUCUACACUAUCAGCCUGUUCUACAUCAUCAGCCUAUUCUACACUAUCAGCCUGUUCCACAUUAUCAGCCUGUUCUACACUAUCAGCCUGAUCUACAAUAUCAGCCUAUUCUACACCAUCAGCCUGUUCUACACUAUCAGCCUGUUCUACACUAUCAGCCUGUUCUACACUAUCAGCCUGUUCUACACUAUCAGCCUGUUCUACACUAUCAGCCUGUUCUACACUAUCAGCCUGAUCUACAAUAUCAGCCUAUUCUACACCAUCAGCCUGUUCUACACUAUCAGCCUGUUCUACACUAUCAGCCUGUUCUACACUAUCAGCCUGUUCUACACUAUCAGCCUGUUCUACACUAUCAGCCUGUUCUACACUAUCAGCCUGUUCUACAAUAUCAGCCUGUUCUACACUAUCAGCCUGUUAUACACUAUCAGCCUGUUCUACACUAUCAGCCUGUUCCACAUUAUCAGCAGUGCAACGUCUGAAUAA